AUGGCCCUGAUGCUGAUCCUCCAGCUGCUGACCCUCUGGCCCCUGUGUCACACAGAUGUCACUUCAGAUGACUCCCCAAAAUCAUACCUCAAGCCAUCACUGGGGGCUCAGCCUGCUGCAGUUGUGACCCCUGGGGUCAAUGUGACUUUGACGUGCUGGGCGCCCCUGCCUGCCAGGAGGUUUGCACUCUUCAAGUCUGGAGAGCUCUCCUCCGAAUACAAGGACAGGUACACGCAGCAGGCGGAGUUCUCCCUGCAGGAGGUGACUGAGGCCCAGGGCGGAAGUUAUCACUGCAAGUACCAGAGGCUCAGGUUGCCGCGGGUUGUCUGGUCCCCCCCCAGCGAUGCCUUGGAACUGCUGGUGACAGACCAGCUGCCCAGGCCGACGCUGGUGGUGCUGCCCGGCCCGGUGGUGGCGCCCGGCAGCAACGUGAGCCUGCGCUGCGCGGGCCCCAUGGGCAACAUGAGCUUCGUGCUGUACCGCGCGGGCCAGGAGACGCCGCUACAAUACCACGAGUCCCAGCAGCCCUGGGCCGACUUCCAGCUGUCCGGCGCACGCCCUGGGAGCACCUACACCUGCUACUACCACACGCCCACAGUCCCCUACGUGCUGUCGCAGAGCAGCGAGCCGCUGGUCAUCAGCUCCGAUGGCUCAGGCCCCUUGGACUACACCAAAGGCAACCUCAUCCGCCUGGGGCUGGGUGGCCUGGUCCUCAUUUUCCUGGCCGUGCUGGGCAUUUUGGAGUGGCGAACUGGCACCGGGACUCUGCUGGCGCCUGCCCUCGAGCCCCAGAGGACUGGAAGUGCCCACCUGCAGGAUGCGAAGAGACCCCAGGGAUCCAGAGCAGCAGCAGGAUGCCCUGGGUAGGCCUGGCCCUUCCGGGGGCCCCACAGCCCUCGCUCCCGGCUGAGCUCAGCUAACUGAGUAAUAAUAACCUUUGUCCCAUGUGCUGUAUCUUCCUCUGGGGCAUUUCUCGGGACCUCUCAGAUCUGGGGGAAGCACCAUCAGUGGAUAAGGAUCGAAUCCCAGGACUACUGCUCAGGCACUGUGGAUAUGAGGACAGUGACCUUCUCUAAGCCUUGCUUGCCUUGGCUGUAAAAUGGGCACAUUAUUAGUACUCACCUCUUAGGCCUGGCAGGUGUGGCUCAGUGGUUGAAAGUCGUCCCAUACACUAAGAAAUCGCCAGUUAGAUUCUCCACCAGGGCACAUGCAGGGUUCUGGGCUCAACCCCCAGUAGGGGGCAUGCAGGAGGCAGCCGAUUGAUGCUUCUCUCUCACAUGGAUGUUUCUCUCUC